AAAGCACCAAAUCCAGCUAUAAAGUCCGCCCCUCCCCACCCCCAAUCCCACAACAGCAAACCAAACCCCCUAAGACCAAAAAAGGCCCCAGCAACUCCAGCGCGUGGAGUUGAAUCUGAGUUUACUUUGAGAGAUUUGAUUGGUUCAAUCAGUCGAGAUGGCGCAGGCGAUCGAGGCUCAGAGGGAAGGCGCGGAGGUGUAUCACGGCGCGGCGCUGUGCGCGGAGAAGGCGGUGGAGCUGCUGGCCGAGACCAACAUGCCGCUGGGCCUGCUGCCGCUGGCGGACAUCGAGGAGGUGGGCUACAACCGCGCCACCGGCUUCGUGUGGCUGCGCCAGAAGAAGGCGCUCACGCACACCUUCAAGCAGAUCGGGCGGCAGGUCUCGUACGGCACCGAGGUGACGGCCUUCGUCGAGGACCGCAAGAUGAAGCGCAUGACCGGGGUCAAGAGCAAGGAGCUCCUCAUCUGGAUCACCCUCUGCGACAUGUACAUCGACAAGGAUGACCCCUCCAAGAUCACCUUCAAGACGGCCACCGGGCUCGGCAGGACCUUCCCCGUCUCCGCCUUCGGGAAAGAGGACUGCAAGGAGGCCGCGGUGGGCAAGUAAGUGAGGACGGACGGCAUAUAUACUCUACAAAGUUGGAUGAAGAUUGAAGAGUGUUCAAGUUCAAUUUAUAAGUACCUCGGUCUGGGUUUAUUAGCCCUAUUGUAUUUUGGGUCAACAUUUGACCAUUGAUUUACUUACCAAAAAAUAAGUUAUACUGUUUAUCAUAAAAUAGUAUCAUCGGAAGCUUCUUUCGAAUAAGAAUUCAACAAUAUAAUUUUUGUGA